UAGAUUGACGGAGAUGAAGGAGACUGCAGAAAAAAAUGGAGGAGAAUACAAAAACUUAUCACAGGAGGACACUACUUUAAGAACAAAAUAUGACAAGGUAUUAAAGCUUCACUCCGAUAUUACUCAAAAAGGUACAGAUCUGAAACAGACGAUCCAUGAAUAUCAUUCCGUGAUACUGAGUGCCUGUCCUAACAAAUGGUUGGUCAAUCUAGCCGAAAUGUCGAAAAAAGCUGAAGUCGAAGACAAGCAACAAGCUGUACAGCAGACAAUGCAUGUGCACCUCUGAAAUACAAGAAGGUAUCCAAAAGGUAUCUCCCUUGGAUCACACCGAACAUACGUCUCAUGAUGAAACUAAGAGAUAAAGCUUAUUUCAGUUAUAAAAACUUAAAAAAGAAAAAUUCUAGCAAAGAAGUCAUUGAACGAAAAUGGACUUAUUACGAACAAUUACGAAAUUUAGUAACUGCAUCCAUCCGUAGAGAGAAGAAGGCUUGCGUUGAGUAUCAAUUGAAGCAAAAGCGCAAUUCUCGUAGCUGGUGGAAAUGUAUCAAGCAGUUAGGUAUACAUGCAACCGCCGAGGCAACUGAUGGUUCCAACAGCAACUGGACCAGAAAUGGGAGUCGGCUUUCCUUUGGAGGGUCAGCAUAGGAUUCCCCCAGCUAGAAGUAUGUUGAGUGAACAUCAUGCUAAAACUGACAACAAUUUAAUGUUGCAUGACUGUGGUACAUGCAAACAACGCCGCGACCAACACUUGAUGGCUAAAUGUGAUACAUGUUACCUAUACUAUCACCUUAGCUGUCUGAAUCCGCCUUUAACUCGUCUACCAAAAAAAUCCAAGCUAUUCGGAUGGCAGUGCUCAGAAUGUGAUAAAUCUUCAGACUCUGAAAGCGAACAGGUGAAGCCCCCCCGACGUAAUCGUACCAAUCGCUAUAAAUCAUUCACAUCAGGAGGGAGUGAGUCCACGCAUACAGAACCUGAAGCUACUUCUAAGCGACCCGCUCUACCUAAGCUCAAAAUCAAACCGAUGGAAGAAGGCAGACAAGAGGAUACUACGUCUCACAAGUGGAUAUAUCACCACUCAAGCCAACAGAUAUCACCUGUUACUAACGGGGUCAGUUCCAUACAAAGUGACAGCCAGUUACAGGUGGUCUUGAACUCUUCCAAAACGUCAGACUGUAUAAACGGUCCCAAAUCAUCAAAGAAAAGAAGACGUGAAAAACAUAGGAAUAGUUAUUCCCCUGGAUUGGAUGCUUUUUCUAUUAAAGAGCACAAAAGAAAAAGAAAAAAGAAGAGAUUUGACUUGGAUAAUAAAGUUCCUCAUCCAAGAAUAACAAUCAAGGUAAGUCCAAGAGCUUUGUGAAUGAAACAACUUACUCGUAAC